ACGUGAGGUUUAUAUGAUCGAAUAUAAGUUUUGUAAUGCUUAAGUUGUUACGAGUAUACUGAUAUAAGUAGGACACGUGACAUUCCGGCAAUUUGAGAAAAACCCCCAACUAAUAUUCGGAGUUGUCUAUAAUGCAUAUUUAUGAAAGGAUGCUUGUAGCAUUCUCUAUUGAAUAGAGGCAAUUGACGUCAGCAAACCUCGUCGAAUAUUUAAAUAAUAAGAUUACAAUAAUGAGAUAAUCCACCAAUCAGAAGAAAGGAUAGGCGGGAGCGACACAUCCCGCCGUACCGUUUUGUGGACAAGGAGUUCCAUUGUUAGGGCGGAGAGACGUGCAUCUUGUCAGAAUAUCCAUGAUCUUUGGAAGCGCUGAUACAAAGCCGUGAUUUGUUAUCGAACGUUUAUUUUGAUAUUCAAAUGAUUUCCCUAUGUUAUUUUAAAUGAUCAAAUAAAUAUUUAGGAUAAACGAAGAAGUACGGUUGAUCAGUACAGUUCUAGCGCAAAUGCAAUAACGGAAUAUCCCGGCCCCGUAUGCAGGAACCCUCAAUUCUCGAAGCAGUGUGACAAUCAUUUAAUUUUGUAUUGGGAUGCCUUGGUGGACUUCAACUUGGGCAAUUGGACUGGAGGGGACACCCUCUCAUAGCUUAAUCUUUUUGCGCCAUACAGUAAGCAACAACAACAUUUUAUAGUUGGGACAAAGUAUUUAUUCCCUACAGAACAAUACGGAGCGGCAUACACUAGUGGUUCUCAGGAUGUCUAUCACCAACACGCCUUCGAGUAAUGAUGCUUGCCUGAGCAUUGUACACAGCUUGAUGUGUCACAGGCAAGGGGGAGAGAGCGAGACCUUUGCCAAGCGGGCAAUAGAAAGCCUGGUGAAAAAGCUGAAGGAGAAGAAGGAUGAACUGGACUCCCUAAUCACAGCCAUCACCACCAAUGGAGCUCAUCCCAGCAAGUGUGUCACCAUUGGGCGGACUCUGGAUGGCCGUUUGCAGGUGGCAGGGCGGAAAGGGUUUCCCCACGUGAUCUACACUCGGUUGUGGAGAUGGCCUGAUCUGCAUAAAAAUGAACUGAAACAUGUGAAAUAUUGCCAGUUUGCGUUUGACCUGAAGUGUGACAGCGUUUGCGUGAACCCAUACCACUACGACCGGGUGGUGUCUCCAGGUAUUGAUCUAUCAAGUUUGCAACUUACCAGCUCAGCUCCAAGCCUGGGACUGAUGGUUAAAGAUGAAUACGACUUUGAUGGCCAGGCCCCACUGCCCACCAUGGACGGGGGUCACUCCCUCCAGACCAUUCAGCACCCCCCCUCUAGCCGAGGUGGGCCCCCCUCAGAGCCCUUCGGCACCCCUGGCCUGCUGUCCCCCUCUGACGCCAGCACCGCCUCCACCUCCGCCUUCCCCAGCAUCUCUGUCGGAUCAGGAAAUGCCACCUCCACCUGGACUAGAAAUAGCAGCUUCACGCCCAACAUGCCUCACCAUCAGAAUGGGCACCUGCAACACCACCCACCCAUGCCUCCUCCAGGACAUUACUGGCCUGUGCACAACGAGCUUGGCUUCCAGCCACCCAUAUCCAACCAUCCAGCGCCAGACUACUGGUGUUCCAUCGCCUACUUUGAGAUGGACGUGCAGGUGGGCGAGACCUUCAAGGUGCCCUCCACUGGCCCCGUCGUGACGGUGGAUGGCUAUGUGGACCCGUCUGGCGGAGACCGCUUCUGCCUAGGCCAGCUGAGCAACGUGCACCGGACCGAGGCCAUCGAAAGAGCCAGGCUCCACAUCGGUAAGGGAAUCCAGUUGGAGGGUAAAGGUGAAGGGGACGUGUGGGUACGCUGCCUCAGCGACCACGCCGUGUUCGUGCAGAGCUAUUACCUGGACCGGGAAGCCGGCCGCGCCCCUGGCGACGCCGUGCACAAGAUCUACCCCAGCGCCUACAUCAAGGUGUUUGACCUGCGUCAGUGCCACAGGCAGAUGCAGCAGCAGGCAGCGACGGCGCAGGCGGCAGCCGCGGCUCAGGCAGCCGCCGUGGCUGGGAACAUCCCUGGGCCGGGCUCUGUGGGAGGCAUCGCUCCUGCCAUCAGCCUUUCAGCUGCUGCCGGCAUCGGAGUGGACGACCUGAGGAGACUGUGCAUCCUGCGCAUGAGCUUCGUCAAGGGCUGGGGUCCCGACUACCCCCGGACGAGCAUCAAGGAGACCCCGUGCUGGAUUGAGAUCCACCUACACCGGGCCCUCCAGCUACUGGACGAGGUGCUGCACACCAUGCCAAUCGGUGACCCCCAGCCCCUGGACUGAACCACCAGCCUGACCCCUCCACUGUGAGACUUCAGUAUGACAGACCUUGGAAUGAGGUGGUAGGUAGAACAGGAAAGACACCCCGGUUUACCGC